CAUAUAUACUCUGUAUAUUAAAAAUAAAAUAAAACAAAAUUGCAAAGGAGAUAGGGUAGGGUUGGAGCUGUUAUGGAGGCCACAUCUGUAAAAGCAGGUAUGCAAUCGGCUUCUGAGGACGCCCACCAUCAUCAAUCCACCCCAUUAAGCAAGAUAAUUCUCGUAGCAUCCAUAGCUGCGGGUGUUCAAUUCGGAUGGGCUCUUCAGCUUUCCCUCUUGACCCCAUAUGUUCAGCUCCUCGGCGUCCCUCACACAUGGGCUUCCUUCAUUUGGCUUUGUGGUCCCAUCUCUGGCAUGCUCAUCCAGCCCACGGUUGGAUACUAUAGCGACCACUGCAACUCCCUGGGGCGGCGGCGCCCAUUUAUCUUUGUUGGCACAAUCCUGGUCACUCUUGCGGUUAUCCUUAUUGGUUUCGCAGCGGACAUUGGCAAAUCAGCUGGGGAUCCUCCUGAUAAAGUCCCAAAGGUUCGAGCGGUUGUUGUGUUUGUCCUAGGGUUUUGGGUCCUUGACGUUGCCAAUAACAUGAUGCAGGGCCCUUGCCGAGCUUUAUUAGCUGAUAUGUCAGGGCAUAACCACAAGAAAACAAGGACAGCAAACUCGUAUUACUCGUUUUUCAUGGCGGUCGGGAAUGUCCUGGGUUAUGCAGCUGGCUCUUAUACUGACCUUUAUAAGGUCUUCCCAUUCACAAAGACAAAGGCUUGUGAUGUGUACUGUGCGAACCUUAAAACUUGCUUCAUUUUCGCUAUUAUUCUCCUCCUGGUCUUAACCACUGCGGCUAUGACUUUAGUAAAAGAAAAGCCACUUGUUUUAACUCAUCAAUACAACGCAGACCAGGAUGAAGAGGACGAAGAGGAGGUUUCAAUGCCAUUUUUCGGGCAGAUCUUGUCUGCAUUAGGGAACUUAUCCCGGUCAAUGUGGAUGCUAAUUGUUGUUACAUCCUUGAACUGGCUUGCCUGGUUUGGUUUCCUAUUGUUUGACACUGACUGGAUGGGGAAAGAAGUCUACGGAGGGACGGUAAAAGGUAAAGAAUCAAAGCUGUAUGAUAGGGGUGUACACGCAGGUUCGCUAGGGUUGAUGCUGAACUCAUUGGUGCUAGGGUUAAUGUCACUGGCAAUCGAGCCAGCAGCUCGUUUGAUGGGUGGUGUGAAGCGGGUAUGGGGUGUUGGGAACUUCAUACUAGCCAUUUGCUUGGGACUUACUGUUGCGGUCACAAAGAUGGCUCAAUCUUCCAGACAUGAAGCUGCUGCUGAAGGCAGAAGCUUGAUGCCUCCAGCCAACGUUAAGAUUUUUGCCUUGACGAUCUUCGCCUUGUUGGGCAUACCUCAAGCGAUCACAUACAGUAUCCCCUUCGCCCUAGCAUCCAUAUAUUCCAAUGCCUCUGGUGCUGGCCAAGGCCUUUCUCUAGGAGUUUUAAACAUGGCAAUAGUGCUACCACAGAUACUGGUUUCUGCGGUCAGCGGACUGUUGGAUGAUUUAUUUGGUGGUGGUAACUUACCAGUCUUCGUUGCGGGAGCCAUCGCUGCUGCAGCAAGUGGGGUAUUUGCACUCACCAUUCUACCAUCUCCACCGGCGCAACCUUCUAGGCUCUGAAUCGAAGAGUUGGAGUCAAUCAAGGGUAAAAUUGCCCUCACCUGAAGAUUGAUCCGCUUUUAGGAGCGGGGUUUCUACUCAAAGAGUGAAGCUAGUUCCUCUUCAUAUAAAAAGAGGCCGGGUGGGUGGGUUAUGGAUAUAUUUAAAGUCUAAAAUUUCAGCAUGUUGAAUGCACCAUGGGAAUAGAUAGUUAGCCGAGUCGGGGUCUGAACAAGAUUUGCAGGCUCUCGGACCUUUCAUCUUCUUCAAUAUUUGGUUUUCCCUGUAACAAUGUGUUUGGGCUCCCCUUGUUCAGCCCUAGGUGGCCAAGUGCUGAGACAAGACGUGGUUGAAGAUGCUGGAGAGGACAUGCCGAGGCUAAUAUUUAGUGGGCCAUAAUGGGAAAGGGGGUUGGGUGGAACCGAAGAGUUACAUUCUGGAAAUGGUUUCUAUAAUUUACAAAGAAAAGAAAACAUGGCCAUUGGGAAAAUUAUAGUUGAAGCAAUUGUUAAUUUUGAUAUAUAAAGCUUUACUGAGAGGGGACAUUGAAGAUAAUUUGACCACAUCGCAUCUCGGCAAGGAGUCAAUAACAAUUUUGUAAAAGAUGGCAUUUUCAUGAGGGUCAUGCUGUGGUACCGAAUUCUCCAUUAUGGUACCAUACCUACCUUUUUAAGCCAAUACGAUUAUGACAUAUG